CGUCCUAGACCGCGAUUGAGAGUCUAUUGUCGGCUCCGCCAAUCAGAGUGCGCAACCGUCUACAGUGACCACAGACUUUUGUAAGACGGUUAUGAUGGACUCCUCGUCUCUCAGCCCGGAUCUGCUGGCGAAGCUCCAUCUGCAGCAAGCCGAGGAGGACAAGCAGCCAUUUAAGAAACUGUACCGACUGGACUCGGUCCUAGGCAAAGGAGGAUUUGGUACCAUAUACUCUGGUGUUCGCCUGGCUGACGGGUUGCCGGUGGCGGUGAAACACGUGCGCAGGGACAAAGUGGAUCAGUGGGGCACUCUGGUGAGAUUUAUCUGUGUUUUCACUUACACAAUUGUUGUUUUCAAAUUACGGGUACCCCUGGAGAUUGUGUUGUUAAAGAAGGUGUCUGGGACUUUCGGAGGGGUGGUGCAGCUGUUGGACUGGUGGAAGUUGGUGGACGGUUGGUUGAUGGUGAUGGAGCGUCCUGAGCCUGCUCAGGACCUUUUUGAUUACAUCACAGAGCAUGGUGCACUGGAUGAGGCGGUGGCUCACGGCUUCUUCCUGCAGGUUCUGGAGGUAGUGCGUCACUGUUACACCUGCAGCAUUGUCCACAGAGACAUCAAGGAUGAGAACUUGCUGGUGGACCUGAGGACCGGACAGAUCAAACUUAUCGAUUUUGGCUCAGGUGCCUUCGUCAAAGACACUGCCUACACUGACAUGAAUGGUACACUGGUGUACAGUCCACCAGAGUGGUUCCGGUUUCACCAGUAUCAUGGUCACUCAGCCACUGUCUGGUCACUUGGCGUGUUGCUUUAUGACAUGGUGUGUGGGGACAUCCCCUUCAGAAAGGUUAAAGACAUCCUGAGAGGACAGAUUUACUUCAGAUGCAAAAUCUCCACAGAGUGCCAGGAGCUGAUUAGGUGGUGUCUGAGCCAGCAGCCUUCUCACCGGCCAACCCUAGAGCAGAUCCUCCUCGACCCCUGGGUGACUGGCAGCAACAGUCAGCAAAAAGACAACAUCAUCUUUCAUGCCAUUACAGCUGACUCUCCCUCGUCCUCUUCCUCCUCAAACCAGCAGAGCCCUUGACUGGUCAGUGGGACACUGCCAAGGGGCAUGACUUACACUUGAUUGAUAGUUGUCCUUUGGUGUUUUCUGUUUCCUUCCAGGUGUUCCAGGUAUUUUCUUUUGUUUUUUUUUUUUUUUUUUGAGGCUGCUACCUACCAGCUGUUUUGUCACACCAACCAAGCAGCUGCUGGUAGCCUCAGUACAAAACACUGUAAAUUAGUUCUCAAAACGUACUGAGGUUGUAAAACGCACAUCCAGUGGUAAUACUGAGCUGUGUAUUUUGAUAUAUUUUUUAAAUGUGUAUUUUGUACACUGUGGUUUUGUUUAUGUUUAUUUACAGAGGCAUUCCUCAUCCUGUAUUUAUUUAUUUAUCUUCUGUGUAAUCUUGAACGUUCCUCUUUUUUCAAUUUUUUUUUAUGUGAGAUAAAUAAAGGUUGACAUUGACAC